AUGCUGUUUCGCUUCCGCGAGGCGCAAGCAGCGGACCUGGGCAUCAUCGACAUUGGCCGGACAAGACGACCGAGAGUGAUCACCGAAGUCGAUUCGAUACCGUCGUGCGAGAAGUGGCGUGGCCAAGUGUUGAAGGAGAUCUCGCGCAAGGUCUCCAAGAUUCAAGACACAGCCCUCAGCGACUACCAGAUCCGCGACCUCAACGACGAGAUCAACAAGCUCAUGAGGGAAAAGUACAUGUGGGAGGUGCAAAUACGGAAUUUAGGUGGACCUAAUUACAUGCGAGGGGGCGGCAAGAUAUACGACGAGGAAGGACGAGAAAUACCGGGAGGCGGCAAAGGCUAUCGAUACUUUGGACGGGCACGGGAUCUGCCCGGAGUGAAGGAGCUGUUUGACGCAGCCAGGUCAAAGGCCAGAGACGAGAAACCUUUGGAGACGAGAGACGACUUGCGGAAACAGGUCGAUGCGGCCUACUACGGUUACGCGCCAGACGAGGAGGACCCGGAAUUGCUGGCGUUCGAGCUCGCAAAGGAGGAGGAAGCGUUCGAGCACAUGGCGAAGACCGGGAAGCAACAACUUCCGCCUGGCUGGGAGGCUUUGCCGGGCGACACAGGCGACGGCAAGGCCUGGGAGCUACCGACGCUGGAGGAGGUGCAGGAAGAGUUGAUCAACAGGCGGCGGCAGAAGCUCCUGGACCAAUUAUAG